CGAGCUUGUUGGUGAAGGUUGUGAUUUCGCGCGAGAUCUAAGCGCCUGAGCCCUUCCAAAGGCCAUCUGCAGCUGACCGCAGCCACCCGACCGGCGCAUCUCUAUCCACCCCUCCCUCUCUGCGCGCGUGGGCACCUCGUGAAGGCAUCUGUGUGUGUGUGCGGUGAUGUCGGGCAAUGGCAAGGGCGGCCGCGGCAAGACCGCCGAGAAGACCAAGAAGGUCAGUGGGGAAGGCGUGGAUGGAUGGAUGGACAUCAUUUGUGUGAUGUGUGAUGUGUGAUGUGUGAUGUGGUGUGGUGUGAUGUGGUGUGGUGUCCUGUUUGUUGGUUCUGCAGGUGCGUCAGGAGGUGCGUGCGGGUCUGCAGUUCCCCGUCGGCCGCAUCGCCAAGUACCUCAAGAAGGGCCGCUACGCCAAGCGGGUGGCCAAGGGCGCCCCCAUCUACAUGGCCGCCGUGCUCGAGUAUCUGUGUGCUGAGGUGUUGGAGCUCGCCGGCAAUGCUGCCCGUGACCACAAGAAGGUCAGUGAGGGACAGAGAGGAGGGAGGGUGGGAGGGAUGUGGGAGGGUGGUGGGAGGGGGAUGGGGGAUGGGUGUGUGUGUGUGUGUGUGUGUGUCAGAGUCGCAUCACGCCCCGCCACCUGAUGUUGGCCAUCAAGAACGACGAGGAGCUCGCCAAGUACACGAAGGACGUGACCAUCUCCAUGGGCGGCGUCAUGCCCAACAUCCACUCAGUCCUGCUGCCCAAGAAGUACACACCACACACCACACAGGGAGGUGGGAUGGCGGCCAUCUGUGUGUGUGUGUGUGUGUGUGUGUGUGCUAUCAGGUCUAAGGCCAAGAAGAAUAAGGAGGCGGCGCCCAGCCAGGAGUACUGAAGAACCGACACAGACAGACAGACACAGACACACCGUAGAGACUGACAGACGACACCUACACGACACAACACGACACAACACACAUACAUGGACAUGAGUAGGGUUUGGGGUAGAUCUGUGUGUCGGCCGACCGGCUGACUUCCUCUCUCUCUCUCUCUGUGUGUGUGUGUGUGUGUCUUUUUUGUCUUGGUGGCGGCGGUGCGGCCACACACAGACAGAGACAGAUGGGGCGUAGCGGCGAUUUGGCUGACAGCCAUUUCCCCAUCCACCGAGCCACACAUCUCUGUACAGACACCCACGGCCCACGAUUGGUUACACAGACAGACAGACAGACAGACAGACAGAGGGACGCGCCUUCUCUGUGCAGUGCAGACACACACACAUCCAUCCAUCCAUUCACCACACACAUGAAUGGCGCAGCGAGGGACACUUUCCUCUACGCCGCCCUCUGCCUUUCCGUAGGUGGAUGUGUCCUUUGUGUGGAUGAGCGUGGCUCGCUGUGUGAUCAAUUAGCGGCUGUGCGGUCUCUCUGCCCACGUGGAUGGAUGGAUGGAACUCUGUGUGUGUGUGUGUGUAUGUGUGUCAAGGACCCAGCUCUUCUCUCUUUCAAGCAACGCAGUGUAGUCGG